AAGUGAUGCUACACGGAAGAAGCAGUAAAUGUUGUGCUGAUAUCUAGUAGAAACGACCGCGGUAAAAUCUGUAUUAGAAAGUAAUUGAGCCAAGUACAAAGUAGUCGACAUGGGAGUGUCAGAAUUGAAGGAAUGUUCUCUGUUACUGGACGAAAAGCUGCUCCGUUUAAUGGACCAGCUGGAGUUACUGGAGGAGAAACGAGCUGCUCUCAACUCCCUCAUAGAGCAGGGAUGGUUUUCCAUGUCCAAGGCUCGAUAUUCCAUGGGAAACAAACACGUCUCUCCACUUCAGUACGCGAGUGAGAUAGAGCCGCUGGUCUGUGUUCACGCUAGAAAACUGGACAAUGGAGAGGUGGAUUUCUGCACAGAAAGGGUCAAACAAAAGUGUAGUAUUGAUGCUGGAAAAGAUGCCAGGUCAGUAGAGGAUAUUGGACCUCAAGAAGAAGGUGUCAGGAGAAGAAUCAAACCAAACAAGGAUAACGCAGAGAAAGAGGCAAGUGAAGAAGCAACUAAAGAGAAAGCUCCUGAAGUAACUCCAGCAAGAAAAAGUGAGCAGAAUCCUCAACAAGAUCCACUGAAAUGGUUCGGGAUUCUGGUGCCCCAAUCUCUUAAACAAGCCCAGUCGUCAUUCAAGCAAGUAAUAGAGCUGUCAGCUGAGAUUGCAACCCUCCAGACUGCAGUUUUGAACACCAGACAGGAGCUGAAGCACAGUAUGAAAGACAAACACACUCUCCAGGAGGAAUCCUCGGCAGCCCAGCUGGACAAAGUGGCAGGCUAAAUAACUGUGUGGAGUCAAAGUUGGAGAUGAUGUGAGAAGAGCGUGUGUGGCCACAGACAGUGACAGGUUGGAGUCAGUAGAUUAUGCUUCAGGACCAAAUGAACUCAACCAUGAUCCUCCCGAAGGAUUUUGAAGUUGAAAUUACAGAUGAUUCUCUUAUGACUCGAUGACUAAAUGGUAAUAGAUUAUGUUAUGUCUCGCUGAUAAAUGUGUGGCCUGAUUGAGAUGGAUUUGUUUGUGAAUUCAGUCUUUUAGGAUUUUAAAGUAUAAUCAGUGUUUUAGAUUGUAAUAUUAAUUUAUAAAUAGAAAUAGAACCUGUUUGAAUCUUUUCAAUAAAUGUCUGGUACCUUUUCCCGAUAAGGCACCCUUUAUAAAGAAUUUAUGAAUUGAAAUUAAUGGAUUUAUCAAUUAUGUAAGGGAUAAUGUACAGCAAGCCAAUCAUUGUUGUGAAAUAAACCCCAACAGGGCGAUGCGGUAAUUAUUAUUACA